CAAGGCCUAUAGGUUAUAGUUUUAUCACAUCGGGUUUGAUGUACAGAAAAUAAAAACUCCUACAGUAGCGCCAAUAUUGAAAAUAGAGGGAAAACGCGUUCCAUUGGAAACGUUCCUCCCUAUGGAUGUAAUCUACUGAAGGAAAGAAACAUAAGAUAUGACAACUAGAAUGAAAACAUUACGAAAGAGAAAGAAUGGUGAUUUGGAGGAAAGCAAUAAAAACCAGUAUGAUUUUAAUUUUGAGGAGGUUGAAAAUACUCCACCGAAGAAAAAAAGACCUUCAGAAAAUACCUGUAAGCUGUCCGUGACUGCAACAGUUGAUAGUCCAGUUACAUCGCAAUCCGACACAGAGGUGGAAGAGGAAAUAGCUGUGAAAUCCUUCUAUGGAAAAAGGGAGAAAAAAUCUUUUCCACACUCACCCAAAAGACGCCAAGCAGCAAAGAAGGUGUUGAAAAAACUUUCAGAUGAAGAAAAUGUCUCACAGGGUGAAAGUCAGACAACUGAUAGCGAACCGGAGGCAAAGAAUAAAGAGAAGACAGAUCUGGGACCAAGGACCAGGAAAGGUGUUAAACCUGCAACCCCAUCCAUUCAGAAAAAUGAGACAUCAAAAACUAACUCACCUAGAACACCAACAGUUCAGACUAAGUCACCAAGAACACCUAUUAUCCGGAACAAGACAAACUCACCAUUAAAACCAUCAACACCUGGCACUGGAGAGAGACGGUUCUUUAAACACAGAUGUCCUGGAUCUGCCGAGAAAUUCAUCCCUGGUGUGGUCAUACGCAAAGGAUUUGACUUAAAAUUUACACCUAACCGAAAGGAGAUUGUGUUGGGAAAGCAAAAGAAGGGCAGUGAUAAGACCAAAGCCAAAAAGACAGCAUGGCCUCUUACACCAUUUCCUAAAGUUGAAGCUAAAAACUCUAGGAAGGCAGGGUUAACUGUUAAAAACAAUGUAAGGCAUUCUUAUCCAAUAGCUGCUUGUCAGAGAAAGACUUCUCAAGAAAGUAGUCCCACAUUAAGCCAAGAAGAAAGUGAAGAUUCCAACAAAACCAGUUCUCCAAACUCUGUGUCUUCAUCCCAGUCUGUUGUAGAUUCUGUUCAUUCUGGGCCAUCCAUUCGCAUCAGGACCAAAACUCAGACAUUAGAGCCAGCAUCUCAGCCAAUGAAUUCCGAGCUGGACAUCAAAACAAACUCAAGUAUUAUCACAGAAGACAAAAUCUCACUUAGCACAGACAAUAUAUCUUCUAAUGGAGACGCAACUUCUGAUGUAAUGGAGGGCAUUCAACCUAUUGAAACUGUGGACAGUGAAGGUGAGGGUUCACCCAAGAAACCGAAUGACAUUACCAAUACCCCACAGGAAGAGACCCGGUCCAGUAGUUCUACAGGGAGUCCUAUGGCAUCCUCUACAGCAUCGCCCCAGCAAAAGCUGUUCCCAAUAUUUAACAAGGUCACACCCAGUCCAAAGUCCAGGCUACGGACACUCAGAGACACACGAAGCAGAUCUGUUUCUAAAUCCCCUAAGCUGAGAUUUAUUGAAAAUAAAGAUGAUCAAAUGACUUUGGAUGCUGGUCAGAAGAAGUUUGGGGCCACGCAGUGUGAUACCUGUGGAAUGAUUUACUCCCAAGCAGAACCUACUGAUGAAACCACUCAUGCAAAGUUCCACCAGAGCAUCCUCAAUGCCCUCAAAUUUCCUGGUUGGAAGAAAGAGAGAGUGGUACAGGAGUUUGAUGACGGUAGUCGGAUCAUCAUGGUGACUUAUGAAGAUCCCAAAUACGCUCACAAAAAGGUUGAAGAGAUCAAUAAAAUUAUGGGAGCUGAGCUGGGAUUUCCAGAGAGCACUUUAAUUUUCAGAACGGAUUAUAAGGUUUUUCUUAUGAUUUCUGAUGAGAAGAAGAUCAUUGGAUGCUGUAUUGCCGAGAAUAUUACACAGGGUCAUCGAGUGAUUGCAGAUUCACAGUCCAGUCAAGAGUCUGGUUCCAGGCCCUGGUACUGUGACUCGGAACCAGAACCAGCUUCUGUAGGAAUCAGCAAAAUCUGGGUUCAUAAGCUGCACAGGAGAACCGGAGUAGCCUGUAAACUACUGGACUGUGUUAGGCAACACUUUCACUAUGGAACAUUUAUUCCCAAAAAACGAAUAGCAUUCUCGGAUCCAACACCAGAUGGGAAGAAGUUGGCCACUAAAUACACAGGAACCAGUUCAUUCUUAGUGUACAAGUUUGGUUAAAAUCAACUUGAUUGGAAGUUUGCUUACUGAUCUUUUCUUUUAUUUUCAUUAAAGAAGCACACCUGUUUGAUAUGUACAUGUAAUCAAUGUGCACUUUUAUGUUAGUAAGAUUAUGUUUUAUUAUCCUAGUCAAGUGAUCUUUUUUUAAGGAAUGAACUUUUUAAGGAAAUAUACAAUGUCCAUCAAAUGUUUUUGAUUUUGACUAAUUUUGUCCAUUAAAUCAUCAUAGAAAAUAAAAUUUAUUGAAGACAGAA